AUGACAACUUCUAAUCGAUGCACCGAGUUCCCUGCCCCAGGGCUUCGAAACCCCUUCCGCUAUGUUACUGGCCAUGAUAGCAACGGCGAGCCAACAUUCCUAUUGACAGAUCAUGGCGACCACCGCGCCGUUAUGCUAGACGGCGAAGGUGCUCAAAGCAUCAUGUACAGCAGCAACAGCAACCCAGUGGAGCUUACCAACAACGUUGACCUAGAAUUCGCCAGAAUGAACAAACCUUCUCUUCACAUUCCAAAAGGUUGUGUUGUUCGCAUGGUAGACUUUGCACCAGGCGGCGAGUCCAACAUGCAUCGGGCUUUGAGUCUUGGGAUAGGAACUGUAUGCGAGGGUGAAGUUGAGCUGAGUUUGAGUGAAGAUGGGAAAGUCAACCGAAUUCUUCGUCCUGGGGAUGUUAUUAUCAAUCGUUGUGCUAUGCAUCGCUGGAGAAACACAUCCAAGGAGAAGCCGGCUCGUGUGCUCUUUGUUAUGCUGGACGUUGAACCGGUUUUUGUUAAUGGUAAGGCGUUGGUGUUUGAUAUGGGUGAGCUUAUGAAGGAGUAUGGUGACUACAAGGAAGGCGAGGGCGCAAAUAAGAGAGCGUAG